AUGUCUAUCAUCACCACGCCAGUGCUCCAGAGUCUCUGGAUGGACGCACAGCGGGUCCCUCUAGAAUGGACCACAACCCGAUUUUGGGAGCACGUCUUCAACCGCAUUGUCUUUAACCGGGACCCAUGGGUGGUGUCGUCGCAGCAACCUCCGUCGCACGACGCGGGUGCUACUCGCCGAGUGGACUUGGUGGUGGAGCGAAUCGAUCCGGCGACAAACGCCCGCGGUACCGUCCUUUUCGUCGAAAUGAAGCGCACAUUGGCAACGCAGACUGAAUUGACCCAGUGCGAACACCAGGCUUACACAGCCGGAUGUGAAUAUUUCACAGAGACGGGCAUGGCCCAGGUCUGGGCGAUGACGUGCAUCGGCAGCCAGGCACGACUAUGGAUCUUUGAUGUUAAUGAAGGCUUUUUGGUCCCCUAUUUCCCGACGUCACACGGCAAAGCAGUGCGGGCAGAGUAUGUUGAAGUCUCCGGGCCGGGAGGCAUGCAACUUCUCAGCUGUCUCGAGUACAUUAAAAGGCAUCCAAUCCCGCCUGAGAGUCUCGUUACUGAGGUGCUUGCUUCCUCGAGCGACGAGUCAUCAAACGUCAUGGAAGAUAGCGAUUACGAGCCUGCGUCGCCGGAUAUGCCUUCUACUGCCUCUGCUCCUACGAUUCCUCUAUCCUCCGCUUCUCACGAAGGUGACACUGCCAUGGCGGAUGAUAGUGGCGGUUACGAAAACACACCGUACCCAUACUACGACUCCACGGCGCAAGAUCGGUACGGGACUGCGAAUGAGGAGUCUGCAACUACGGAUACCGCGGACACCAGAACAACAGCCGAAUCGGAGACGCAGCCGUGGUGCAAGAUCAACCUCCACAGAGUAUCGCAUCUUACCAGACGAGAUGAAUUUACCUUCACAACCGUCGAUGGAAAAGUUAAGUCGACGGACAGGGAUGAAUGGGCAAAAGCCAAUCAUAAAGGGAAAACGGCUUGGUAUCUUUGGCAUAAAGGCAACUAUUACUACUCGCGUGACCGACCCGGGUCGUGA